AUUGGAAGUUGCCUCAAGGUCGACGCGUGUUUGAUUUCGGUUGGAAUCUGUGAUAAUGGUAUCAUAGACAAACUGGAUAGCUGUCAUCCUUGACUUAUUAUGAAUACUAACAACAGUCAUCCAUACUUUGUCUCUUUACUGUCAGGCUCAACUGCUGGACUUUGUGUCGAUCUCGCACUUUUCCCGGUCGACACAAUCAAAACGCGGUUGCAAAGUUAUCGUAAUAAUAUACAACGAACGCCGGGAUCACUUCGUCUUUUUGCUGGUUUACCAGCAGUUGCUAUAGGUUCUGCUCCUGGAGCUGCAACUUUUUUCGUAACUUAUGAGACAGUUAAAGAUGUCUGUAGGGAUUUCGGUAUGCACCCCAUGGGUUGUUCCAUUCUAUCUGCUUGUAUUGCCGAAAUUGUCGCUUGUAUCAUAAGAGUGCCAUGUGAAGUGAUAAAACAAAGGACACAAAACCAGGCUUCUGUUAGUGUUUCAACUGUGUUUCUUCAAACUCUUCGUAAUGAGGGGAUUCAUGGUUUCUACAGAGGAUAUAUCAGCACCUUAUCACGAGAAAUUCCUUUUUCAUUUAUACAAUAUCCUAUAUGGGAGCAGUUAAGAUAUAUUGCUGUUGAGUGGAACAAAAAGUCGACUGAAGUUGAUUCUAUUACAGAUCCAACAGUCUAUCAGUUAAAAGCCUGGCAAUCAGCACUUUGUGGGUGCUUAGCAGGCACAAUAGCUGGUGCCGUAACUACACCCUUAGAUGUGGCGAAAACCCGUAUCAUGUUAGCAGAGUCAAAUUCUAAACUUGCAUCAGGUCACGUUGUGUAUGCUAUACGGACAGUAUUUCAAGAGAGUGGAAUCCAUGGAUUGUUUUCAGGCUUGAUACCCAGAGUGACAUUGUUGUCUAUUGGAGGAGCUAUAUUUCUUGGUAUUUAUGAUAUUUCCAUGAGGUUUUGGACUCGAUCCUUUCAGCGUAUUAGAACCAUGUAGCAAAAUUCACCAGAUUUCAUCUUUCACAUGGUAUUUCUUGAUGUAUAAAAAGUAUUUUGUAGUA